AUGUCGACGGAGAUCGUGAGAGACGGGAAAAACAAGUUCCAAAUCCAGUGUCCUCACUGCAGCUCGCGGAUACUCUGUGAGCAAACCGGAGCUUAUCUCAAACAGGAGAUGCAAGUCCCGAAACCUGAUUGUGUUGAGGAGACAUUCGAAACAUUAGAGGAGUUCUGGAAGGUGGAAUCACUGAUGACUUUCGAAAACAUCGGGAUGACGAAGCCUUCACCAAGUGGCGUUCGCUACCUAACGUGUUGUGACUGUGAGCGGGGUCCUCUGGGAAUUUUCGACUCUCCAAACGAUACCGCAUUCGUGGCGAUAGCGAGAGUCAAGAAUGAACCUGACUCCAAGUGAAAAGCUGCAAACGACGAGGAAAGCUUUCUGUGAACUGGCGAUUCGGCGUCAACACUCUCGGCACCCCCUGCAAUAACACGCCUUUCGUCCUGUACAGUAACGUUGAUCACGCAAACGUAUGGAUAUAUAUUUUAUUAAGAAAAUAACGAUAUUUUCCGAGCAAAUAAAAUGGAUACUCUCGUGGCAUACUUU